CUACACAAGAAAAUAUUAAAGGACUCGCUCAAAAAAAGGAAAAAAAAAUGUCCUGAACAUUCUUCUUUGUUAUACAAAUCAUGAUGUUAUAAUUAUUUUUGUAGAUAUUCGUUUCACCAGUAGACGGUAUAAUUAACUUUCUUACAUAGAAGAAACAAUAUAAGAAGUGUCUUCACGGGGACAAAUGAGAAUAAUCAUCUCCAAUUCAACUUGGGACUCGCAUUUCUUCUUUCAAUCUCGAUCCUACAAAUCGGUAGUAUAGCUUUUCCUUGUAAUUCGGAUGAUCUAUCGAAUUUGGUGGAUCCAUUACCAAGUCCUAGAAGAAAAAGUUAUACGAAAGUGACACAAAGAUCAGCUAUAGAGUAGUCAAUAAGUCAGUAGCCAACACAAUAGAAGAGGACGGCACGAAUAGCAAAAAACAAGAAGAACCAAUUUUUUGAAUCUGCUGCCGAAAAUUCCCAAAUCCCAUUUUUGAAGGAGAAAACGAAAAGGGUAUCCAUUGAUAUUGAUUUUCAAGUAUAACUCAAAUCUCCAGAUCAAGAAUCGUACAGUGCAUAUCAACUGUUUGAUUUAUUGCCUCUGAGAGAAAUAUGAGCAAUAAAGGACCUGUGAAGUUAGAUGAUGAGCAGUUGGCUGAACUGCGAGAAAUAUUUCGGUCAUUCGACAGAAACGAUGAUGGGAGUCUGACCCAACUCGAGCUUGGCGCGCUAUUGAGGUCACUUGGUUUAAAGCCAAGUGCUGAUCAGCUCGACACAUUGAUCCAAAAGGCCGAUAAAAAUGACAAUGGCCUUAUUGAAUUCUCAGAGUUUGUUUCACUUGUUGCACCGGAGCUUCUUCCUGCAAAGUCCCCUUACACGGAGGAGCAGUUGAAACAGCUUUUUAAGAUGUUUGAUAGGGAUGGAAAUGGGUAUAUAACGGCCGCUGAGUUGGCUCAUUCCAUGGCUAAGCUUGGACAUGCUUUGACCGCAGAAGAGCUUACUGGUAUGAUCAGAGAAGCUGAUACGGAUGGGGAUGGCAGGAUCAGUUUUCAGGAAUUCACUCAGGCGAUUACUUCGGCUGCUUUUGAUAACUCAUGGGCUUGAUAUGCGAAGCUCCUUAGCAGGCCCCUUAGCAAAGUAGAAAUGGGUGUGUUGACCAUGAAGAAGAAGAGGAUUUUCAGAUGCAGAGUUGGUUCCUUUGUGCGUCCAUCUUAAUGCACUGCUUCUAUCCGUGUUGAUGCAACAUCCUAGUUUAGCAUCCGAUAGAAUUUUUCUUUGCAUGAGAGAGGCUUUCUCUCAUUAUCAUGCGUUUUCCUCUAUUGCUUUCUUAGACUGAAUAAUGUUUGAGUGAUAAGUUUCCUCUUCUUCCCUUAAGAGUAGAUUACUGGAUUUGAAGAUCUGUCAUCUACUUCACAGGUAAAAGUAGAAUGCUAUUGUGGAUCUUGAUUUUCGGAACUUGUUAAUGUUUCUCAUUAGGAAAGAACGUGGAACCUAGCUAAUAUGUGGAUUGUUAUGCUUAUGGUUUGUUAGUUCUGCUGCAAUACUGUUAGCAUUUUAUUGUGACCAUCAUGCAUUAAAAUCAGGAUUCAUUUGGCUCUGGGUGUAAUAUUAA